AAAAUACUUAUGGUAGAUGGUAAAAGAAGAUAAAACAUGUUGUGAUAAGUGCAAAGACAGCUUUUAGAGCUUGAACAAUUUUAAGAAAACAAAUUUGGAUUUUGUAAAAUUUAUUUGGCAAUCUGAUACAUGUAGAAAGUUCCUGUCUGAUAAUCCAAGCUAAACUAUAAGAAUAGUUGUGUUACACUACCAUUGCCCCUGGUUGGGAGCCUGGGUUUUGGUAUUUGGGCAUUAAUUGAUUUGGAAAUAAGAGGGCAAAAUGAUUGCCACGUAGAACUGGUAGUAGGUACAGAGCUGUUUGCUCUCCACAGAUGAGAAAAAUUGGAUUCAGAAGAGAAAUUUUUAAGAUAAUGAAUAUUUCAGAAGCAAUUCACAGUUUAAAUUUAGUCUUGUGUUUUUCUGGCCACUUGGAAGCCAUGAUGGGACUUGCUGUACCUCUUGUAAGGCAAGUGAAGAAAGACAUUGGCAUCUUGUACAUGCUCAGUUUGUUUAUGAAAUAGGAGCUCCCUGGGGAAGAGAGGACCUUAGAAGUCAGUGUACAGAUGGAGCUUAGCUUUUAGGGUCUGGGUUACAUAGACACCAUGGUGGAGAUAAGGUACUUUCUAAUUUCCUUAUGGCUGUUUCUGUACCAGCACUUUGGAAGAUUAGGGUAGGAUUGGUAGCAGCAGUGAAGGACUUGCCACAUACCAUAAGAUAUUACUUUUUUUUCCCCUUAAAAAAAACUAUGAUGAAAGAAUUCUUCUUGUAACUAUUGCUUAACUUCAAAACAAACUUUUUGUUUGUUUGUUUUUUAGGAGAAACAAUGACUCAAUUAACUCUUAUCCAGAAACUUGAUGGCUUUUUGUAGAUCUGAGAACUUUAUUUGAAGUGUUGAUUUUUCCUAAACUGUGGAAUGCUACUGAGACUGGAGUAGUCCCUGACUCUGUCAUGUUGCAGACUUAAAUUCUUCAGCAGAACCAGGGUUGGCAGCUACCUGGGCAUCUUCAAUUUACAGCACAUCCUCAGUGGUGUUCUGUAGCAGCUGUCUGAAGUGUUGGGUUUUGUUUUUUUUUUUAAUGUACUUGAACUGAUGUCAUUUCCCCUUUGGCAAAUGGUUUGAAGGCUUUGCUGUGUCUGAGAGAUGUCACGAGAAGGGGGGAGGGGGAGAUAGCAGGGAAUCGGGAGUGAAGAAAGCAGGAGAGAGAGAGGGAGGCUGCUUGGUCGAUCCCAGUGCUGUUUACUUAAUAUUCUUUACUAAGAAAGUCCAGUUCAAAUAAGAUUGCAGCCACAGUCUGCUUGCAUUAGAUGAGACAUGGUUGUUAAAGACCAGACCUUUAACUUAUAAGAGCCUUUUGUUCUUAAACCUAAGUGUGUGGACGAUGCUGUUGCAGGAUGCCUUUCCUUUGGGGUCUUAGACAGGAUAAGGAAACCUGUGUGGGGAUCAACAACCAGAGCUACAUAUGUGACACAGGACACUGCUGUGGACAGUCUCAGUGCUGCAACUACUACUAUGAACUCUGGUGGUUCUGGCUGGUGUGGACUAUUAUAAUCAUCCUGAGCUGCUGCUGCGUUUGCCACCACCGCCGGGCCAAGCAUCGCCUGCAGGCACAGCAGCGGCAACAUGAAAUUAACUUGAUUGCCUACCGGGAAGCCCAUAACUACUCAGCGCUGCCAUUUUAUUUCAGGUUUUUGCCAAACUAUUUACUACCUCCUUAUGAGGAAGUGGUGAACCGACCUCCAACCCCUCCCCCACCAUACAGUGCCUUACAGCUACAGCAGCAGCAGCAGCAACAGCAGCAGCAACAACAGCAGGUGGUCCCUGUCUGCAAUAGCCCCUCAGGCCCUGACCCCAUCAGGGGCCUUCAGGAGGCACAAACCAGCCCACUGUCCGUGCCUGGCAGCAGCAGGAAUAGCAUCAGAUCAAGCACUGAGGACCCUGAGCCCUCCACAUUGCUGGUGGACCAAGAGGCUACCAAAGCCCCAGGCAUGGAGCCAGGCAGCUCUGGGGCUUGUCUGGGGGAACUGGGUGACCCAGGGUCUUUCCUAGAUAAGGACUCAGAGUGUAAGGAGGAGUUGCUGAAAGAUUACAGCUCUGAGAGCUUGGAGCACAGCAGCGCCUUUCCUGACAGCAAAGACAAGACACCUGGGAGGCACCGACGCUUCACUGGAGAUUCUGGCAUUGAGGUGUGCAUCUGCAACCGAGGCCACCAUGAGGACGACCUCAAAGAACUCAACGGGCUCCUUGACGAUGCCCUGGACAGCGCCCUGGACUUCUGUGAUAGUUGCCAAGCAAGGCCUCCUGGGGAUGAGGAAGAGGGGCUCUACCACCUUUCUGAGGAGCAAGCCCGGGAGCACGGCCACCACCACUUGCCCCGCCAGCCAGCAUGCAUCUUGUUGAAUACGAUCAAUGAGCAGGACUCCCCUAAUUCCCAGAGCAACAGUUCUCCCAGCUAGAGCAGGCCAGCCUCCUUAGAAAAGCGAUAGGGGAAGGGCAGGGGAGGGUGAGCCAAGAGGGGAACCUUUAAUUGGUUGGUAAAGAAAGUGCUGCUGCUUUUUCUUCUGUCUGUACUUCUGCCCUUCCUUCCCAAGGUAGGAUUGCCUCCCUCCUGCAGAAGCCUGGGUGUGGAUGAAGGGAAAAGGUGUUGAACCCCUCACUGUAUUCUUCCUUCCUCCAUUUCCCCCUCCUCCUCCCUUCUGAGCUUUCUUUUUUAAUCGUGUCUCACCUGCCUGCCCAUGUCAGGUGGUGUGCAUUUAGAAAAAUGUAUCUGAGGGGCUAGGAUGGAACCCUUCUCUGGUUCUUGGGAUGGAGUGGGAUCUGCUCUUCGAUUUAAGUUUAGAGACUCAUUACAUCCCUGUUAGUAAAUAGGCAACAGGGUUCUACCACUGGGAAAAUUAAAAAGAAAAAAUCCUGGCCUGGGCCUCGUGUUGACCCUAGGCCUGGGUUUUCAGUACUUACAGAGCUGGAAUUUGAUCACUUCUUGUAAAAGUUGUGUUAUUAGGGGGAUGGAAUGGGGAACCCAGUUGUCUGGGAUAUAUGUGGGGUUUGUCUGAUUAGACUUUCCUAAGUGAAUGAUCAGAGCUGGGAGCCUUCUUAGGGCAAAGCUACUUUCCUAAAAGGUUCUGGCUGUUCUCAAACUAGAUUAGCUUGAAAGGGUUUUGCUAGUGUUCUUUCUUCAAAACAAAACCACAUCCAACUAAGUAAGCUCAAUGAUAUGAAUGUACCUGAGUGGGAAGCAUUUAAUUAGGGGCAAGUGAAGGGGGUGACUUUCUGUUUUAGGCCUCUGAGGACUAUGAGCACCUGAGCUAAGAGAAAAGCUCUUCAAUCAGGGAGAUUGGAAGGGUAGGAAGAGGUUAUUUUUGGAUUACUGGAGAGGGUAGGAAAAGUGCUGCAAACUGUUACAUGUGGGAGUACAGUGGCAGAGUGAAGGGGGAUGCAUCUGCUCUAGGAAGAGUAGGGUUUUGCCUUCAUUUUUAGUAAGCACCCUUACAAAGGUGAAUGAUUAAUAUCCUUCCCUCCAACCUCACCUUUGCAUCUUCUUCACUUUCCCCCAGCCUGUGGCCUUUGUGCCUUCACACUUCACCAGUAUGCCGAAGAAACGGACAAAGCAGGCUGAGUGGUGCCUGGGAAUCAACCCCAGCUCCCCUCAGCCUGUUCCUUAGGCAGUAUUUUUCCCUUGGAUCCCAAGAUCCAUUUGUUUAUAUUGACCACUUGGAAGAAAUAAAUAACUGAAUUGUUUGGGUUUAUUUUUCCCCUCUUUCUUUAUUAAAUGGUGGUACUUUGCUAGCACCACCUAUGUAUGGCCAAGUGCCCAGCUCAGGUCUGAGUUGUUGGCUUCUCAAGGAGUGGGAGACCUACUGUCCUCUCAGAUCAUUAUUACUGAAGUUUGGCAUCAGGUAAACUGAGAGUUUUCUUAAGAAUAAUCUGAGCAGAUAAGGCAAACCAAAAGCUGAAAUUAACAUUCCCUGACUCAGUUCUGUUCAUAUGAAGAAGGGUUUGCCUUUUUUCAUCCCCUCUCUCAAAUGAUGUUCAGAUUAUAUCACUGACAUUAUGGGAAAAAGGGGAGGGGGGAGGGAAAGGCUAUGGGGGUGAAUGAACACCCCUGACUGUAUUUGAUAAAAACCAAAAUCCAUCUUGAACAAGGUGAAAAUCAAAAUACACUGACUUUUUGAAUAACCUGUGUGUGUCUGUCUCAUUGUGUGUGAGCCACGGGUAUCAAAAGCCCUGUGUUUCUGUGAAUAUACUUUGAAGCAGCCAUUGUGCGCAUUUUAACCAAAAUGUUUGGAGCAAAUUUUGGCUCUCCCAAGGGAACUUUCUUUAAGCAUUUACCUGUUUACUGAGCAAAAGCCCUAGGCAGUUCUUGUAUGCCUGGGGGUGUUCAGCAGAGCCCUCAUUGGCAGCCCACUGUUUUUGCCAGAGAAACUUUGCUGGAUGUAGAGGUUUUACUCUACCCACGGUUGCAAUUUGCACAUCACUGCAUUAAACCCUGGAGGUCUGUGUUUUGUUUCCAGUAAAUGGAAUCCUGCUCUAGAUGUGUCUGCAUGAGCAUUAUUUGCCGAACUCCUGUCACCUCCCUGUGCUCCCCCUGCCGCUCUUAGUCCUGGGCUCAAGGGCCCCAGGGUGUGGUGCUGAUGACUACGAGGGACACAAAGCAGGCCUUGAGUCGCAGCUGAAGUCAAGGUUGGAUUGUCAGCACCAAGCGUGGCCUGGUUGUUGCCCAGAUGUCUGCCUUUACCAGGAACUGCCAGAAGAGUUGGCAGAAUCUCCGGUGUGGAGUGCCUGUCACCCUUGGAUGAGACUUGAUCACAGUUGAGCAAGUAUAUAGAUGAAAGAGCCAUGACAGGUCCUCGAUUGCCUUUUCAUCUUUUUUUCCCCAAAGCAACUCACUAAAAUGUCUGAACAGCGAGCAAGUUUUACCAAAGUGAAUCCUGUUUCAGUCAAACAGGACAUUGGGAUGCACUGUGGUCUCCUUGGGUUUUCUCCUCAGGUUGGAGUAGGGAGCUAGAUCCAGAGUUUACUGUUGACGUCUCUACCCCAGACGUAAGAAAAACAAAAAUCAAAUGGUGAAACUGGGCUUGAUUAAUCAGCAGUGACCAGAUUAUGGUCCAGGCUUCAGAGCCCUCUCCAUCCUGAAGAGUGAGCUCGUUGAUGAUAGAGUGGGAGUUGGGGUGAGAAGAGGGAAGGAGGUUGAACUUACUAACCUUACCUUCUUCCUCUUACCUCCCACGGGUAGAGAUCUUGGUUUUCCUAGUGAAUGAGGACAAUGGGUGUGAGUUGGGUUUGGUGCUACAGUUAGAUUAGCCAAAUGCUGACACAUUCCUGUGUGUUUGCAUGUGUACAAGUGUGUUUGGCGCAUUGCCACUUGUUGGGUGUUGUGAAUAUGUGUAUUUUAAGCAAUAAGAUUCAGCUGGUCAGACUUCUCUGGGCAGCCUUACUGACACUUUUCCUGUGAUGUGAUUGUUUUGAAGACAGAGUGGCACCUACCACUGUGAGAUGCCCAAAUAAAAACCAAUCCAAGAUC